AAUGAGAAAAUUCCCUUGUUUAAUUAAUUAUUAUAUGGAAUGUAUAUUUUGUAGAGGGUCUCCGUGCACGAUACCCUCCUCUCUUUACUCCUUCCUUCUACACUUCUACAGUCUCUUGUAACUUUCUUCGUAGCUUUACUCUCCUUCGCCUCACAGGAGAAGAAGAAAGCGGUGAAAAAAUAUUUGGAUUUUUUAUUACCUAUUUUAUUAAAGUUUAAGGUCUAUACCGAAAGAGGGAAGAGGGAGAUCUGAAAGCUAAGAAGAAGAAACAGAGGGAGAGAGAAAUCUAGAAGAAGAAAAUGGGAGAAAGAAAGGUAUUGAAUAAGUACUAUCCACCAGAUUUCGAUCCAUCAAAACUCCCUCGGAUUCGGAGGCCUAAGAACCAGCAGAUUAAGGUUCGCAUGAUGCUUCCCAUGAGUAUCCGCUGCAAUACUUGUGGGAAUUAUAUUUACAAGGGUACCAAAUUUAAUUCCCGCAAGGAAGACGUCGAUGGCGAGACUUAUUUGGGUAUCCAAAUAUUUAGAUUUUAUUUUAAGUGCACUCGGUGCUCGGCUGAGAUUGCAAUGAAAACAGACCCACAAAAUUCAGAUUAUGUUGUGGAGUCUGGCGCCAUGAGAAAUUUCGAACCUUGGCGUGAUGAGGAUGAGCUAGUAGAUAAGGAGAAACAGAAAAGGGAAUCAGAAGAGAUGGGGGAUGCUAUGAAAUCUCUGGAGAAUAGAACACUGGACUCUAAAAGAGAGAUGGAUAUCAUGGCGGCUUUGGAUGAGAUGAAGUCCAUGAAGUCAAGACAUGCUACUGUCAGUGUAGAUGCAAUGCUUGAGGCCUUGCAACGUACAGCUGUGCUGAAGGAGAAGAAACUGGAGGAGGAGGAUGAAGCACUAAUAAAAUCUGUUGUUUUCCAUAAUUCUAAGGAUUACGUUCGACGGAUUGAUGAUGAUGAUGAUGAUCUUGACAAUGACGAUGACGACGACGACGAUGAUGCUGAUCCAAUUCAUCGCCAAACUAGCACUUCGAGUGCCAAUCCAAUUCAUAAUGAAACUUUGUUUGAUCCAAUUGUUAGAGGAAAGCGAAAAGAUCCUGAGGCUCCAGUUAGACUUGUUACCGGAUCUUCAACAAGAAUUAUUGUUAAAAAAUCAAAAGCGGAGGAGAAAAAACCAGAGGGAGGCAGUGGCAGUGUACUGCAGUCACUGUGUCAAAACUAUGGGAGCGAGGACAGCGAAUAGGAGAGUGGCAAAGAAGAGGAGUUUACUUUGUAGAUGUACAAUCCUCCUCGAUUAUUCAAUUAGUUUUUUAUUUGACAGAGUAUAGUUCUCUAAAAAUUUAUUAGAAAGAUGUAUUUUUGGCUAGAGAUUAACUCCUGAAACAUAAUUAUAGAAAAUGGGUUGUCUUUCAUAAAAAAUCAUUUGUUUGUCUGAGUUAGUUUGAGGUGAUGAAUGAAUGUAAGUUAAAUCUA